AUGGUUGUUGCAGAGAAUGGCCAGGUGGGAGAAACCACUAAACCGAGCAACACAACAAGUGUCGAAACGCCACGGAGAAAGGGAUUUGUGCGGUGGACCGCUGGACUGGUCGUGAGACUCUGUAUCUGGUACGCGCUGGUCUCACCGUUCUUCCAAUGCCCUUCCAAUCUCGCAGAUCUUACAGAGACAUCUCCUCGUGUCUGUAAGCCUUAUCUGCUCGCUCGUUCACACGUCGAGCCUUAUGUUACGCCCUAUUAUGACAUUUAUGCUGCGCCUUAUGUUGAUCAAGCCCGCCCAUACGUGGAGAUCUUGAACCACCGGGUCUACACGCCGGCCUCAAAAGUUGCCAAAUUAGGGUAUGAAAAGUACGGCGCCCCGGCCUUGCAACAAGCACGAGUCUACGGGGUUCAACAAUGGCAUGUCCAAGUUACACCUCGCCUACAGACAGCUCAAGAUAAGGUUCACCAGGUCUAUCUGGCUGAGGUGGACCCGUAUGUCCAGCAAGGUGUCGAUGUGGUAUCGCCAUAUUAUCAAAAAGCUAACGCCGCUGCGCUCACGGUUUACUGGGGUCACCUGGUGCCUUUUUACACCCAUUCCAAGCCAUACAUUGGAAAGGCAUACUCCACGAGCCAUGGCGUUCUGGUCACCCAUGUGAUGCCCGGCGCGCAAUAUACCUGGUCAUCCGUAGUAUAUUUCGCCAACAGCUCGGUGUGGCCGCAUGUUACCGGCCUUUACUCGGAGCAAGUUGAGCCGCAGCUGGUCAAGAUUGGCCAGCGCCUCGCCAGUUACCGAGAGGGUAAGCGACUCCGGGCUGUUGUCGAGGAGCUGGACAGCUCGACGGUCCAACCUGCUACCACUUCAGUCACGAAGUCCGAAGAGACGCGGGCUACAAGCACUGUGACAUCUACGUCUACCACCGAGGCACCUGCCAAGCCCACAUUGUCUCCCAUUGAGGAAGCACAACAAGCCCGUGAAAAGAUUGACUCUGACCUUGAGCGGUGGCAGAGGAAGUUCUCCCUCGCUGCGGAUAAGGGUGUUGAAGAUCUUGAGGAGCGCAUCGUUGAGAUCGUCUCAGCCCUGGUAGCAAGCAGUGCCAACAGUCAUGGCAAGAGCCUUGCAGUUGCACUCCAAUCGGUCUCCUCCGAGCAAAUCUCCUCAAUUAGGCACCGCAUCAACGAACUCGCGGAGUCAAUGCCAGAGGAAGCUGACGGACUCGUCGAAGAGGCCACUACUAGUCUGCUUGUCCAGGAGAUCCGGAACUCUGCCAUCUCCGUGAGAGAUCGUGCCCACGUGUUACGAGAAUGGUCUUCCUCGUUUGAGGACGAGCUUGUCCGUCGAGUCACUGCGGCGGUGGAGUCCACCCUGGCUGUUCUCGACAGCAUCCGUGACCUAGGAUUGCAAGAAAUCGGUAUGCGUUGGGCCUGGAACGACGGCGUCACGUACAAAGACUGGGCCAAGUACCACGCUCUCAAGGCUCAGCUCGAAGAAUGGCGCAAUGAGAUUCGGGAAGUCGGAGUGAAUCACAGCUCUGUGUCGGAAGCCAGAAUUGUAGCCAAUGAAAUCAUGGACACUGGCAUGCAUGAUGCUGAAGAAGCUGCAAAGGAGCUUGUUCGGUUGAAGGAUGUUGGCAUCUGGAAGAUCGCUGCCCGUGAGGUCAGCGACAAUUUCGAGACAAGAACUGGAGAACCGCCACGACCUCAGCCCCCUGUUGUGGUUGAGGAGACUGACGAGGAGGCUAGCUCUGAAACUGAAUCCUCGGAGACGACCUCGGACUCAGAGUCAGCGGCUGCUUUUGAGCCGACUGAAGAGGCCCUUGAGCCCGACACAGAUGUUGGCGUUGAUGCUGAUGGGUAUGACGACGUAGAUGAUUCAUCCAUGGCGGAUGACAUUGUUGUGGAGGAGCAGCCCUCUGCGAGGCCUGCUUUUGGUGUCGCGGCCGCCGAGCUGAACAAUCACCAAAAACCCAUUAUCGAUGGCGAAGAUGACAAGGACGCCUUCCACAGUCUGGCAAGCAAGGCCGGUGAGACUUACGCCGACGCAAGCAGCGCUGUCAGUGAAGCCAUCUAUGGCGCAUUGGUGACACCUGCAGUUGGUGAGCAGGCAGCCUCUUCAAUUGGUGAUCAGUACGCCCAUGCCUUGGCCGCUGCCUCUGGUGUUUUGUACGGCACUCCUUUGAGUCCUGGUGAGAAGAUCUCGAGUGCUGCUUCUGAAAAGUACAGCGAAGCUGUUGCAGCUGCCUCGUCGGUUAUUCACGGUACCCCAACACCAAUCGUCCAAUCUUUAGUUGGCGAGGCCAGCUCAGCGUUCGCGGACUCCACUGCGCAAGCUAAGGUUCUCUAUGAUAUUGCAAAGUCUCAGGUGCUUGGGCAAAUGGCACAGUCAAGUGCACCCGCCCAUGCCCAACUUCUAGCAUCCAUUGAGUCGGCCUAUUCUGGUUCUCUCCAAUAUGCCACUGAGAAGCUAGAAUCCAAUAUCAAUGCCGUUCGGGCUACCCCAACCCCGUCAUCCGCUGGUCCUCUGGUCCAGAUUUCUUCCAUCGCCUCAUCCCGAUUGAACCAAGGUCUGAGUCUGGCAUCUGAGCAGCUCGCCCAGGUGCGACAGACUGCGACGGCAACCAGCUCAUCUGGUCUAGAGCCCUAUGUUCUAGAUGCACAGCGUCGCUACUAUGAAGCCGUUGGCCUUGCCCACGACCACUUUACUGCCUUUGUCUCAACAGCAUCCGAUGCGGUGUACGGCUCCCCAACCCCAACACCCGCUCCUAGGAGCUUGGAGGGAGUCAUAUUGGAGGCUGGUUCUCAAUACGAGCAUGCUUCCUCCUUAGCUUCUGCCAGCCUUGCCGCGGUCGUCGCAUCAGCGAGUUCAAUCAUCUCCUCUGCGGAUGAUGGGAAAGCCCAAAGCAUCAUCGAUGAUGCUUCAUCUAGAUAUAACGCUGCCAUCUCCGCAGCUUCCGCCUCACUUUCCUUGGCUUCGGUCUCAGCGAGCGCUGCUAUCUACGGUAGCUCGACUGGGCGUGUCGAAUCCUUGUCAAGUCAGGCGUCUGAGAACUGGGAAGCUCUUGUUUCAAAAGCCAGUCAACAGAUCUACGGUGCCCCCACACCUUAUGCGCAGCAAGUCGUCAACAACGGAGCCGCUCAAUUCGAGGCAAUCCAAGGCCUUGUGUCUGAGCUUAUCGUCGGCAAGCAGCCCUCCUUCACGGAAAGUGUACUCAGCAAACUCCAUGCAGCAUAUGAGACCCCUUACCCGGCCGCUGCAGUAUCUUCCGCCUCUAGCUAUAUCAGUGAAGGAUAUGAAGCUGCCACAUCCGCCGCCUCUGCUGUCGCAUCUGAAGUUCCGAGCGUGGACGAGAUCAUGCAGCAAGUCAAUGAUCAGCUCCAUGCUGCUGUCGACGCUGCUAAGGUCGGUAUCUACGGAACACCCAAGGGCUCUUUCGAAAAAGCCACAGACGCUGCUGCCGAUGCUUACUCUACAGCAACUGCCCAGGUCAGCAGUGCUGUGUACGGCAAGGAGGCCGGCUACAUUGAUGUGGCCAGAGAUACCAUUGAGGACAUUCAGUCAAAGGCCAGCGCAGCCAUCUAUGGCGAAGAGCCCAACGCAGUAGAGAGUGCCACGGCCCGUCUCGCUGGGGCCAUUGAAGGCGCCAAAUCUCAAUUGGCUGAUCUCGCCGCCAGUGCUAGCAGUGUUGCGUCCGAAGCAGUCGAGACAGCUUCAUCGCACGUUGAUGACGCCACUAGCAGUGUGAAGAGUGCUGCUUCUUCGUACAGAGAUGAGUUAUGA